ACGCUCUAGCCAGAGAAGCAUCGAAGAGCUGACUGUCUCGUUGAAGGAGGUGGAGAACAAGUAUCGUGGCGAGGCGUUUCGCAAUCGCAAAAAGCUGGAGGCCACUGUAGUACAGCUCGAAGCGCAACUGGAUACAGCCAGCCAAGAGCGCGAGCAGGCCGAGAAGCAGGCCGCGGAAGCAAUUGACCGUCUACAGUCGCUUGAAGCCGAGUUGGAUGAGACUGCAUCCACGCUGCAGAGCACCAUCGAGGCGCUACACGGCUUCUGCUUUCUAUGCUCAUCUUUCGCUCCAUACGGAUUUCCAUCCCACCCCCUCUGCCAACGCAAUCAUGCAACCUACUGCUCGCAGCUUUCAGAGGGUCGCCGCAACUCGGUCUCAUCUGAGCUGGAGACGAUUCGUGGUCAAUACGAGGUGACCGACCGAACACGACGCAAGUUGGAGGCGGAGGCGGCCGAGUUGUCCAACAAGACGAGUGAACUGACCGUUCAGAUCAAUGGUCUGCAGGCGGACCGGCGUCGUUUGGAGAGCGAAAUUUCGGUGCUACAUGGCGACAUCGACGACCUGAACAAUGGAAAAGAGGGCAUGGAGGAUCGCGCCAAUCGACUUCAACAAGAGGUGGCCAAACUGGCCGGAGAGCUGAAAACAGAGCAGGAGUCUGCGCGUCGGGCCGACAUUUCGCGUCGACAACUGGAGACGGAAUUGCGUGAAGCCAAUGCUAGGAUAGUCGAGGCCGCCAACAACGUCGAGACA